AUGUUGCACGAGCUCCUGCUGGCUCUUUUAGGCUACACCGGCGAUCUCGUCGUUGAUGAAAGAGAGCAGCAGACUUCUCUCGGUGUUAAUUUCUCGCCGGACGCUCCCAUCUCCGACAACCGCUCGUUCAAGCUUGCUCCCGACCUUUCCUUCCUCCAGCCUUCCGAUAGGGAUCUUGUCGAAAGGAUCAUCGCAUUGGGGUUCUAUUAUAGAGAGCUUGAUCGCUUCGCUUCCCAGUCUCGAAACUUGAGCUGUAUAAGGUCUCCGUAUGUGUCACCGUUGGUGAGACUCGCUGAGAUUUCAAAGAACGAUACUGAAAGGCAACCCAGCGUUUACCGAAGAGCCAUAGCUAACGGGAUUGUGGAAAUACUCUCCCUUUACCGGUCUGCCGUUCUUCACAUUGAGCAGAAGUUGUUGUCCGAGACCCUACCCAUCCUGGCUACAGUCACGCAAGGGCUCAACAAGUUUUUUGUCAUUUUGCCACCUUUAUAUGAGCUGGUUUUAGAGAUUGAACGUGAAGACUUUCGAGGAGGACAUCUACUUAGCCUCUUACAUAAGCGAUGUCAUUGUGGGGUUCCUGAAUUACAGACUUGCGUUCAAAGGCUUCUUUGGCAUGGCCAUCAAGUCAUGUAUAACCAACUUGCUUCAUGGAUGGUUUAUGGAAUCCUUCAAGACCACCACAGUGAAUUUUUCGUCAGAAGGCUGGACAAGGAGGAAAAUCACAGUGUCACUGAUCAUGAAAUAUCAGAUAGACUAGCACGUUUAUCAACAGAUGAUGCAUCUUUAACUGAUUGGCACUCUGGAUUCGAUACUUGUCUGGAUAUGCUACCCUCUUAUAUUCCUACCAGUGUUGCUGAUUCAAUUCUGUUUGCUGGCAAAGCCAUUCGCAUUCUGCGGAAUCCAAGUCCUGGGUUCCAAUUGAAGGAUCCAUUAGAUAACCAACAGGUGAAAAGGGGUGCUCAAAAGGUUCAGGGGUUUGUGGGGCGAUUUUCGAUUCAGAAGGACCCCUUUGUGACUACAAGCCUUAUUGGAAAGGAAUUGCUUCCGCACUCUGAGGCUGAUAAGAUUGAACUCAUGCUCAAGGACUUAAAGGAUUCCUCAGAAUUUCACAAAAGAUCGUUUGAGAGUGCUGUUGGAUCCAUUCGAGCUAUAGCGGCUAGUCAUCUCUGGCAGCUUGUGGUUGUACGUGCGGACUUGAAUGGCCACCUGAAGGCUCUUAAGGACUAUUUCCUCCUUGCCAAAGGAGACUUCUUCCAGUGUUUUCUUGAGGAGGGCCGGCAUUUGAUGCGUUUACCACCUCGGCAGUCAACUGCUGAAGCUGAUCUUAUGGUUCCAUUUCAGCUUGCUUCAAUGAAAACAAUCGGGGAGGAAGACAAAUACUUUUCUCGAGUAUCCUUGCGGAUGGUUUCAUUUGGAACUUCAACGAAAUCCUAUAUUGGUGCAAACCCAAGCUCUGGGUUACCAACAAAUUCGUCUGAGAUCUCACUUGAUGGAUGGGAUGGCAUUGCUCUUGAAUAUGCAGUUAAUUGGCCUUUGCAGUUGUUCUUUACACAAGAAGUACUGUCCGAUUACCUUAAGAUCUUCCAGUACUUAUUGAGGCUCAAGAGAACACAGAUGGAACUGGAUAAAUCAUGGGCUUUGGGCAUGCAUCAAGAUCAUAAACGCUUUGCCAGACGUUGCAACAACAGUGCGGGGGGUUCAUUGUCUCAGCAGCGACAGCAGCGAGUUAGGCCUCUGUGGCGUGUUAGAGAGCAUAUGGCAUUUUUGAUUCGGAAUCUUCAGUUUUAUAUCCAGGUGGACGUGAUAGAAUCUCAAUGGAAUAUUUUGCAAGCUCAUAUUCAAGAUUCUCAAGACUUCACUGAACUUGUCGGCUUCCAUCAAGCGUAUUUAUCUGCUUUGAUUUCACAGUCAUUUGUAGACAUUGGCUCUUUAUCAAGGAUACUAGACGGCAUAAUGAAGCUGUGCAUGCAAUUCUGUUGGAGCCUGGAGAAGCAAGAGAGCAAUCCAAAUACCAGUGAACUGGAACGUAUAACUGAGGAAUUCAACAAGAAAUCAAAUGCCCUGUACACCAUAUUGCGCAGUAGCAGAAUAGCAGGGAGUCAACGAGCCCCAUAUCUCAGACGGUUUCUCAUGCGUCUUAACUUCAAUUUAUUUUUCGAGACGACUGCAAGAGGCGUUCUUAAUAUUGUUAGGGCGAGCCCUGAAGUUACUUAA